AUGUUUCAUUUCUGCUGUUUUACUUGUUGCAGAAUUCCAGCAACUCAGGAAGAAAACUGGCUAAGAAAAUUACUAUGUGGGUCCGGCCGGGAAGGUGGCAAAAAGAAGCCCCUGAAACAACCCAAGAAGCAGGCCAAGGAGAGGGAUGAGGAGGAUAAGGCUUUCAAACAGAAACAGAAAGAGGAACAGAAGAAACUGGAGGAGCUGAAAGCGAAGGCCGCGGGGAAGGGCCCCCUGGCCACAGGUGGAAUUAAGAAAUCUGGCAAAAAGUAAGCUGCUCCUUGGCACCUGAAGUGAUGCUUCCCUCGACCCCACACGUGUCUGAACAUCUGGCGUCUCGGCCGGAGCAUCUUUAGUCGCCCAUAGUUAGAAUGUAGUGUCACUUUGGAGCCCGUUGUACAUUUACAAAUAAACUUUUGUAAAAAAAAAAAAAAAAAAAGAAAA